CCAUAUGUGCAUCUUGAACCAUGUGCAUCUUUGACAGACAAUAAAAAUAAGAUGGACGAGAUCCUCGACCUAUCCGAGAUCAUUGACCUAGAUGUAUCUAGAUCAGAGUCUAAAUUUGGAGGCUAUGACUACCAAUUUGUGGAGGAGCCCUCUGAUAACCUCAAGUGUCUGAUUUGCCUGUGUGUGGCCAGGGACCCUCAACAACAUGGGAACGGGGGCUGUGGGAAAAUCUACUGUAAGAGCUGUAUCGACCAGUAUAUGAUGAUAAAUGACAAGUGCCCAAACUGUCGAAAAGUCAUAACUACCUUCAAGGAUGAAAGGAGCAAUAGGGACAUCCAGUCAUUGAAAGUUAAAUGCACCAAUCAUACCAACGGCUGCCAAUGGGUGGGUGAACUACGACAUGUUGACGAGCACCCUAACACGUGUGUCUAUGUCAAGCUGCCCUGCCCUAAUGAUUGUGGUGAUGGCAGUGAAAUAGUGCUUAUUGAAGCAACACAAUUCUUUCGUAAAGACCUCCAAAAGCAUCUUAAAGACGAGUGUCCACGUCGUCAGUACAGCUGUCCCCACUGCCAGGAAACUGAUGAGUAUCGAUAUACCACUGGAGAGCAUAUUAAGAUCUGUCCCAAGAUGGUCAUUCAGUGUUAUAAUACUCCUCACUGCAAGGCAACAUUUCCACAAGAAACUAAAGACGCCCAUCUCUCUACCUGCCAGUAUCAAAAGAUUGCUUGCAAAUACAGUGAGUUUGGGUGCAAAAAGAUACCAUUUCGAAAAGAUCUCCAAAAACACGAGAAUGAUGACAAGGUACAUCUUCGUAUUGCUAUGACAACGGUACUGUCACUAAAGAAACAAUCCAUUCUAUUAAAUACACAAUUACAAUGCUCUAACAUGAAGGAUCAGCUAGGAGCUACUUCUAUCUUCAAGAUGCCCUCUUUUAAAGAGAAAAAAGAAAACAAUAUCGAAUUUUACAGUGAUCCAUUCUAUACCAACCCCAGAGGAUAUAAAAUGGUCAUCAACAUUGAUGCAAAUGGUUAUAAGGCUAACAAAGGCACUAUUGUUUCAGUGUGGCAUAUCUAAUGAGGGGAGAAUACGAUGAUCAACUCGAGUUCCCAUUCAAAGGCACUAUCAAGUUUGAGCUACUCAAUCAGCUGGAGGAUAAGAACCAUCAUUGUAGGUCAUUCAUACAUGAUGGCACAGACGAUGGUAGCGAGAGAGUAAUCGAUCGAGAGAGGUCUAGCGAUGGAAACGGUGUGUCUUCAUUUAUCCGUCACGAAGACCUAGGACUCAACGCCACCAAGAACUGUCAGUACCUCCAGGAUGAUUGUCUAGUGUUUCAAAUCUCCGUUGAUGUACCAUCCUACAAGCCAUGGCUACAAUGCUAAUAAAUGCACACUAUUAAGUAUAUAUCAAACUCGUUAUAUUAUCGUGUGUGGUAACUACAUGUAGAACGAAAGCUGAGUAUAGUUAACGCAUAAAAUUAUUAUAAUGGUUAAUUUUGAGAA